AUGCUUGUGAUUAUCGAGCCAAAGGUGAAACUGGAUGAACAAUAUUUCUGUAGAAGACUGGGAUUUGACAAGGUCAUCAGUAAUUCUAAUUCCAAAAUUUGGUGCUUCAUGAAAGAAGAUCUUGACUGUGAAAUCUUGAUCUCUCAAGAGCAAUUUCUGCACCUACGUAUCUUUUCAGAUUUCUGGCCAAAUGGAAUACUAUGCACUUGGGUCUAUGCUAAACACACCAGAGCAGAAAGACGGGAAUUGUGGGAUGCACUCAGAAAUGUUGAUGACGGAGAAGAACCUUGGCUCCUUGGUGGAGAUUUCAACACUGUUCUGUAUUGUAGUGAAAGAAAAGGAGGCGCUGCUCCAAAAAUUAGAACGAUGGAGGAUUUUGGAGACAUGAUGAUGGACUGUGGUCUUCAGGAUGCGGGAUUCGAGGGGUCUAAAUUUACUUGGUCUAGGAGCAGACUUUGGCAACGUCUUGACAGGUUCUUAUUCUCUCACACGUGGAUCCAAGCAUUCCCCUUAUCUCGUAUUCAGCACCUCACAAGGAACGUUUCGGAUCAUUGCCCGCUCCUUCUGUCGGUCAAACAAGAAAAGAAGACAGGUCCGACACCCUUCCGUUUCCAAAACAUGUGGUCUAAGCACCACGACUUCAAGCACUGUGUGACUACUUCGUGGCAGCAUCCUAUCCAUGGCCAUGGUAUGUUUGCUUUCCAACAGAAGCUCCACCGGAUUAAAGCAGCUCUGAAAUUGUGGAACACCGAAGUGUUUGGGAAUAUUUUUCAAAAUAUCACGGAUGCUGAACAAAGAGUCAAGAUAGCGGAACAAGCAUACGAUGGGGACCCUUCUGAUGAGAAUCUCAUUGCAAUGAACAAAGCCACAGCUGAGCUAACAUUUGCUCUAUCUGUUGAAGAAAGCUAUUGGAAACAGAAGGCAGCUUGUAAGUGGCUUGAGGAGGGGGAAAAAAACACAAAAUAUUUCCAUUCGCUGACUAAGAAAAAGAGGAAACAAUCAAGGAUCUACAAAAUCCAACAUAAUGGAGCCACACUCACUAAAGCGGAAGAUAUCAAAGUUUCAGUUGUUGACUACUUCACGCAGGCCUUCACAAGAGAAGAUACGGUGAGUGUUGACGACCUGCAUUGGGUCCCCAACAUUCUCUCAGAGGAGGACCGGCAUCAGCUUAAUGCUACCCCACAAUUGAAGAUGUGA